UCGUCUCACACAUUUUUCCCCGGUUCAAAGAUUUAAUUCUCAAAGACUCAAAAACACUUAUUGAUCUUUUUAUUUAUUUUUUGCAUAGAAGCCAAUAAUAUGGGUAAUAGCUUAAGGUGUUGUUUGGCUUGUGUUCUUCCUUGUGGGGCACUAGACUUGAUCCGAAUAGUGCAUUUGAAUGGCUAUGUAGAAGAGAUUACACGUCCAAUCACGGCAGGAGAGAUUCUCAAAGCCAACCCUAACCAUGUUCUAAGCAAACCAAGUUCUCAAGGCGUCGUUCGCCGGAUUUUGAUCCUUUCGCCGGAGACCGAGCUUAAGAGAGGAAGCAUAUACUUCUUGAUCCCGUUAUCGUCUUUUCCGGAGAAGAAACGAGGUGGAUCAAUCAUCGGCGACUCUCGUCUCACCAAGAAAGCAUCGUUGUCUUCAAAGAAAAGAAGCAACAAGGGUAGGGGUGAUGGUGAUGGCGAUGACAAGAAUAAUGGUAGUGGUGAUAAUAGUUAUUUUCACUCAUCAACAUCACACUUUCAACAUAAAGAGAAGAAAUCAUCACGUCGGAAAAGUCGUGUUGAAAUAUGGCAACCUCAUUUAGAAAGUAUCAAUGAAGACUAGUAAUAGUCUUAUAAAUGAUCAAUCAGUGCCAUGAAUUUCAUGAGACUAAUUGCUCAAAGGAACAACCAUAAACAAAUUUAAUGGUUGAUUAAUUUUAUUUUAAAGUAUAGAAAGAGGGCAUUUUCUUGUUUUAUAAGUGUACGUGGGGUAUAUUUUAUUUUGUGGAUAAAUUUUUUGUACCCUACUUUUCCUAUACUUGUGUUUCUAUUUUUGUGGUAUGAAUUGCCAUGGGUGAAUUGAAUUUUAUCAAAUCAUAUAAUCUAUUUGAUGCAGACAAGGAAAAAAUUAUGAAAAAUAAGCUAUAGUAAGGUGACAUUUCUAAAUUUGUAUGAAGCGAUUUCCAAUAUCAAGUUGCAACUUGCAAGCA